AUGUCGCUUCAAAAAGACGGCUCAUCCGACGGGAGUCUGCACGGAUCAUGGGUUGAUCUGCAUUUCAGUGGGAGCAGUUCUCAGUCGAGUAGUCAACAUGAGACUGAGACCCCAGGAGAGAGCCAGGAGGUGGACCUGGAGAGACUCCUGCUGGAGGCUCAACACGAGUCAGGGAAGAGCAGCUCCAGAGGCAGCUCCCAGUGCAACAGCCCUCUCAGAGCCCAGACCCCUCUCCUUGUGUGGAAAGGCUCAGAAGGAAACAGCACACAGUCAGAUGAAGACUUUCAAGAAAGAAGACGAGAAGUCGACAACCUGCUGAAGAAAAAUGCUGACUGGAUUUGGGAUUGGUCCAGUCGACCAGAAAAUAAUCCACCCAAGGAGUUCCUGCUGAAGCACCCCAAGCGCACGACCUCUCUCAGCAUUAGGAACACCAGUGUCAUGAAGAAGGGAGGCAUUCUAUCGGCUGAUUUUCUGAAGCUGUUUCUGCCAUCGUUAAUCAUUUCCCACAUCCUCGCUGUUGGACUGGGGAUAUACAUUGGAAAGCGCCUGACUUCCCAUAGCCCCUCAACCUAA